AUGCCCGACAUGAAGAUGCCUGUGAGACUUUCCUACUGCUUUGUAUGCACUACGACGCUGAAAACGAACUAACGACCUUUCGUUAUCCCCCCAGGUCCCCUUGACGCUGAUCGUCGCCGCGACCUCGUCCCACGCGAUCGGACGUUCAAGUAGUCUUCCCUGGCGACUGCCCAAAGAGAUGGCCUACUUUGCCCGCGUCACAAAAGGCGAGACACAAACCAGCCCAGACCUGAGCUCUGCGACGUCCGAGAAGGGCAAGAAUGUGGUGAUCAUGGGGAGGAAGAGUUGGGAAGGGAUCCCGGAUAGGUUCAGGCCUUUGCACGGGAGGGUCAAUGUCGUUGUUAGUCGGCAGGAGGAUUAUGAUGUGUAAGUAUUAAAAUGGUGCAUCUAAGCUAGGAAACUGAAGUACUGAAGGCCGUUUUCCAACCUCUCCAGCGCCACCUCACCGGACACCCACCUCGCCAACUCUCUCGAAUCGUCCAUCACCCACCUCCAAUCCCUACCCACUCCCAUAAAUCGCGUAUUCCUAAUCGGAGGAGCCCAACUCUACACCCUAGGUCUCACCAACCCUUCCAAAAUCUACCUCACCAAUCGCAUCCUCCUCACGCGCAUCAAGACCAACUUUGAAAAUUGUGAUGCCUUCUUCCCCGACUUUGUGAAAAGUCAGCCGGGGCAAUGGCGUCGAGCGAGUCAUGAGGAGCUUUGUGAGUGGGUUGGGUUUGAGGUACCGCGUGGGGAUCAGAAGGAGAAGGAUCGGACGGGAGGUGAGAUGGUCGAGUACGAGUUUCAGAUGUGGAUCAGGAAGGACUAG